AUGUUUACCAGACCAGCCAGUAGACUCGACUCUGUGGCGGUCGAUAAGUCGAUCGACCCGUUCCCUCUUGGUUUGCGUAACAAGACCAAUCUCCAUGAAGACUACUUAUUAUUGGGACACGGGGUUCGUAGUGUUACGUUUCUUGGAUUCAAAGUGUACGGGAUUGGGAUAUACUUAGCAGAAAAAGAUUUGGUCAAGGUCAAGAAGUUAUUAGCACCCGAAUGGUUAUCUACUUUUGGUACCGAAAACCAUAGUUUAAAAGAGUUAUUGGAAGACCCAAACACAAGUCAAGAUAUAAUUGAAAGAUUGAUUGAUAAUGGGAUUAGAUUCACGGUUAGAAUUAGUCCGGUACGUAACACUGAUUUUGGUCAUUUGAGAGAUGGGUUGGUCAAGUCUAUUUUAGCUCAUACUAAGGCCAAGGAGUUGAAAGAACCAAUAAGUGAAGGAUUAUCUGAAUUACGUCAAGUUUUCCAAGGCUUCAAAGGAUCAGUGCCUAAGAAUCAUUUACUAUGGUUAGAGUUUGAAAAUGGUAACUUGAAUGUCAGUUACGAAAACCCUGCUAAAAAGGUAAUUAAAGAAAUGGGAUCCGUUAAAAAUCCUUUGAUCGGUAAGACUUUGAUGCUUCAGUAUUUGAGUGGUGCUAAGCCGUUACUGGAACCAUUAAGAAAGAGCUGUAUCGAGGGUUUAGACCGGUUGUAA